AUGGCGCGUGCGGGUUCCGAUAGUGGCGCCGACUUUUCCUACGAGGAGGAGGUUGCCAGGGAGAGAGUUGAGGAUGGUGCCCCUUUGGCCAUGCCAAAGCCACAUCCGUCACCUUCAGUAUCACCCUCAGUAUCACCCUCAGUAUCACCCUCUGCAUCACAGAAGGAGACUGGCGUCGAAGUUCAGCAGAAGGUUGCGAAGUGGAUGUCCAAGAUGGUUGCCACUCGGGCUGACAUUGUACGAGCGGUGCCCACACACCGUGCCCUGCAGCAGCUGGGUUACAUCUUUUGGACGCGUCAUGUCAAGCCAGAGUGGUAUGACUUGAGCCACGUCGCAGAUAGCAUCGGCGAGUUCUGGUCCCACAGUUGGCAGCUGACUCCAUGGUUCAAGAUCCUGACGCUUCUCUUCUUCAAGAACGGGAUCCCUGCCGUCAUUGCUGGUGUCCUUGCAGCAGGGGUUGCCUGCAUCCUGUGCGUGCUUCGAGUGUUGCCGGUGGGUCCGGCGGCGGAGCAGAACGUGCAUUCCGCAGGAAGCACGCUUUGGUGCACAUGCCUCGGAUGGGGAUUUUACAUCCUGGUCCUGUUGGGGUGGCGUCCUCGGAGGACCAUUUUCCUGGAUCGCAUCUGCAUUCACCAGUCCGAUCCUGACUUGAUGCAGGAAGGGCUUCUGAGCGUCGGCGCUUUUCUCAGGAUGUCUGAUAAGAUGCUGGUUCUGUGGGAUAAAACCUAUGUGCACAGGCUUUGGUGCAUGCUCGAAGUUGCGGCCUUUCUGAAGAGUCGAGAGCACGGCGACCUGCCCAGCAUGACCAUUGUGCCAACUCACUUGGGCCCCUUCUGCUUCGUCUUGAACCUUUCUGUGGGCAUUGUGUACGUUGCUGCCUGGAUCUUUCUGAUGCGUGGCAUUUAUGCAUGGACUUUGCUCGUGAUUUUGCCGCUAUUUAUGAUACCCACUGGGCAUUUUUUGAUAUCAAACGCUCGGGAAUAUGUGCGGGACGUGCAAGCCAUGCGAGAGCAGCUUGCAACAUUCUCACUGGUGGACGCGCGCUGCUCUUGUUGUGAUAAAAACCAUAUUACUCGGAGUGGCAAGCGUAUCAUAUGUGACCGAGUAGUUAUCGAGCAGUGCAUCGUGGAAUGGUUCGAAAGCAAGGACGACUUCAAUGAAGCAGUCCGCCUCACGGUGCUACCCGCAUUUGCGAAACGUUUCGGGCAGAAUGAAAUUCCUUUGUGGAUUUUUCUCAUUGCAACCGCCCCAACAUGUUGGAUACUUUUGGAUGUGGUUGCUGGUUAUGCUGUUGCCGAGCAAGAACUGGGCGAAGGGAGUUCCUCUCGGUGGUGGCUUCUCCUUUGCUGCGGCAUGUGGCUGGGCACUCAAUCCGCAGGCUGUUCCUGGGUCCUAUUCCUAAGCCGGAAGCUCAGCAAGGAUCGCGGACGAGUGCUGGGAUUCGGGGUGAACAUGCUGAUUUUGGCCUCCGUGGUCCCUGUGCUGUGUGGUGGGGUUGCACUUCAUCUUUUAACGGCAGAGGAGUAUGCAGGCUCAUUGUCGCCCUGGCUGGGCAUCGCCUCUGCCACUUUUCAGAUUUUGAUCGGAUUUGUGGCCUGGCAAGGCUGCGCGCGCAGAUGCUCUUCGGAGUGUAAGCCUUGUCAAAGCAUUGCACUGGCUAAACUUAAGUUUAGCGGGUUUCACUGGCCCACUGGCCCAAAGGCCGAAGAGUUGGGGAUCUUUUGA